CAAAUUCGAUACGAAUCUGAUUCUGUUGAUAUCAUCAUUACCACAUUCUUAAAACAACUAAAAAUGAUGCAAAUCAAGUUCCUGUUCACUUUAGUCGCUGUCCUGAUGCUGGUUGUCCUGGGAGGCAAAGAGGCCGAUGCUGUCGACUGUCUUUCCGGAAGAUAUAGAGGUCCUUGCGCCGUCUGGGAUAAUGAGACUUGCAGGCGAAUUUGCCGGGAAGAAAGACGAGUUAGCGGGCAUUGCAGUGCCAGACUGCAGUGCUGGUGCGAAGGAUGCUGAGCUAGAAUUUUAAUAUGUAUUUCUU